AUGAGCUCCAGCUUGGUCAACUCUUUAGCCAAAGUCUAUGAUCCCAACCCUCUCCACGGUCAGAAGCCUGGUGGAAGGAAGCUUUCUUUAAAUGGAUCAGACAAGUCCCAAGCUUCUUCUUCCUCCUCUCCUCAUGACGCCCUGCGCUGCGUUGAGAGCCGUAUGGACUCCCUCAGCUCUCAAAUGGAGUGUUUGCUCAACAUGCAGCAGACCGUCCUCACCCGGCUUGACGGUCUAUCCCAAGACGUGAGGGGCAUGGGUCGCGAUCUGGCCUCUAUGCGCGAGGAGGGACGUGGAAAUGGUGGUGGUCACGGUGGCUCGGAGGUGGUGGUGGCGGUGUGCAGAGAGCUACAGGUGGUGGUGGAGAGGGCCACCGAGCGGAUGGAGAAUCAUAGCCGUAGGUUGGAUGGGGUGGAGAAGCUGGUGGAAGGGACCCAGCAGGUGAUCAGCUUCAUCGGGGAAGUGGUGAAAAGCUCCAGGCUGGUGGAGCUGCUCUUCAAACAGCCUGGAAACAAACAUAACAGGAAGGCAAAGGAUGACAAGGAUAAAACCAAACUGAGCCUGAAGGGUUUGAAGGCCCAGAAGAAGAGGAAGCCCCCAGAUACGUCAGACUCCCUGAAUGAGCCCGAGCUGCAGGAACAGGUGGAAAAACUCAACAGGCAGAAUACGGAGCAUUCACAUGGAAACACAGAGGCUGACAUACAGAGAGGGGAGGACCGGGGAAGUGGAGGUCGAAGACAGGAGUCGACAGAGCUUAUCCUGGAUGGGUCGCAAACCUCGGCCGCCUUGCCAAAAGAGGACAGGAAGAAGACAGCUAAAGAGAGACAGGAGGCAGAAGAGGAGGGGAGUAUCUUUGAAGACUCAGAGGCUGAGGAAGAGAGGGAGAAGAAGAAAGAGGGAAAGACAGCUGAUGUUAUUCCAGAGCAGCCAGUAGGAGGGGAGGACGAUGGGAAGAAAAGGCAUAAAGGAGAAGCAGAAGUGUCGCCGAAAUCAACACCGAGUGUCAUCACAGACGUUUCCACUGAUAUCUCCAAGCCUGCUCUCCUAACACAAGAAAGCUCUGAAGAAGUCGGCGAUGUGGCCACGUGCAGCAAACGUCGCGUGGCAGAAGAAGACGUGGUUAAAGACGACCUGAAAAAAAGUCGAGUGGAAGACAGUAAGGUGGAAGCCGCUGAUGGACAGUUGGCGGAGGGGGCCGAGCCUAUAGCGUCCGAAUCUGAUGACGUGAAGACAAAGACGGAAGAGGAGGGGAAGGAGGAUGAGUCAGGGGAGUUUAUCAUAGACUCCAGCCCUCCACCAUCAGCACCUUUUGACCACCGCAUCGUGACUCCCAAACCCCAUCAGAUCGCCACCUACUACACCAUAAACCGAGACGAGGUCCUUGGCGGGGGGCGUUUUGGACAAGUCCACAAGUGCAUCGAGAACUCGUCUGGUCUGACGUUGGCUGCCAAGAUCAUCAAAGCCAGGAGCCAGAAAGAGAAGGAUGUGGUGAGGAAUGAGAUCCAGGUAAUGAACCAGCUGAAUCACUCCAACCUCAUCCAACUGUACGCCGCCUUCGAGUCUCGCCAUGACAUCAUCCUCGUCAUGGAGUAUGUUGAGGGAGGCGAGCUGUUUGACCGCAUCAUUGAUGAGAACUACAACCUGACGGAGUUGGACACGGUGCUGUUUAUACGCCAGAUCUGUGAAGGGCUGCAGUACAUGCAUAAGAUGUACAUCCUGCACCUCGACCUCAAGCCUGAGAACAUUCUUUGUGUCAGCAGAGCUACUAACAAGAUCAAAAUCAUUGAUUUCGGUCUGGCCAGGAGGUAUAAACCCAGAGAGAAGCUGAGGGUCAACUUUGGAACACCUGAAUUUUUAGCUCCUGAAGUCAUCAACUAUGAGUUUGUUUCAUUCCCCACAGACAUGUGGAGCCUCGGCGUCAUCACUUACAUGCUACUCAGUGGCUUGUCUCCGUUUCUGGGGGACGAUGACAACGAGACACUAAACAACAUUCUGGCCUGUCAGUGGAACUUCGAGGAAGAGGAGUUUUUGGACAUCUCAGACGAGGCCAAAGACUUCAUCACCCGUCUGCUGGUGAAGAGCAAGAGCUGGAGGAUGAGUGCUGCAGAGUCCCUCAGACACCCCUGGCUGUCAGACCGGAGUCUGCACUAUCGACUAAAUCUGAAGAAAAACAAGUGCCACUCCACACACGCUCCUUCUCCAGAGAGCUAG